AUGGUACUGUUAUUCAAGAAGGGAGUAAGGGAUAAACCAGAAAACUGCAAGCAACUAAAUCUCACAUUUGGGCUUGCAAAAAAUCUGCCUCCACGAACUGUUGGUUAUCCGUGGACACUAAUUUACAGUACUGCAAAGCAUGGCAUGAGUCUGAAAACGCUGUACCGUAGUAUGACUGGUAUUGAUACACCGAUGCUGCUUGUUAUUAAAGAUAGCGAUGGCCAGAUAUUUGGUGCCCUAGCAUCUGAACCAUUCAAAGUUAGCGAUUGUUUUUAUGGAACUGGGGAGACCUUCCUUUUCACCUUUUAUCCUGAAUUUAAAAUAUUCAAAUGGACAGGUGAUAAUAUGUUCUUCAUAAAAGGAGACAUGGAUUCCUUGGCCUUCGGUGGUGGAGGAGGAGAAAUUGGAUUGUGGUUGGAUGGGGAUCUGUACCACGGACGUAGCCACUCUUGUAAAACGUUUGACAACUGCAUACUCUCAAAAAGGGAAGACUUCUAUGUACAGGACAUUGAAAUAUGGGCUUUUGAAUGAAAAGACAAGUUUUUCAUAAGCACUGAAGAAAUUCAAUGCCUGUGAUGGAAGGCCCUAAAUCUGACCAAGCAUCGGUAACGAGGUUGAAUUUACGCAAGUGAAAAAGAAUUGUCGUCAGUUGAGCCACCCAACCACUUUUUUGUUACCAGAUUUCUAAAUAAAAUUUCAAUCUGAACCUAAUCCAUUACAAGUAACAAACACCUGUUUUUAAAAGUCAAAACACCAGCCUGUUCACAUUCUAUCAAGUUAUAGUAAACCCAAUCAUGUUGAACUGAACCCUGACAAGCUGCAGCUGCACUAAAAUGAUGGGGUCAGGAAUCACCCUAAUAAAUUCUCAUUGAAAUGGAUCAAUUUCAAUGCCCAUUUACUUUUGAUCUGUUUGAAGAGGGUAUUUGGGUAAGGCUGUCACUGAUGAUGGUGCUGCAGGUUUGGGACUGAUGCUGUCAACAUUUUGGGUCAGCUGACAAAAACAGCUAGGUUGACAUUCAGCCUCUUUAUAGCGCUUGAUGCAGUUGUGUGGCCAAACCCAUGAAAGAAGUAAAAAUGUGUUCAGGAAGAAGCCUCAUGUUGCUUUGACAGAAAUAUGAUAAAUGACAGGAUUUUGCAGGGUAAUUUCAUUCUGCCGGUGUAGUUUUCUGCAAACGUGAAGAAGUAGAAACAGUAUUUAUUGGUCAUAUAUUUAUCCUACUGUUUAGCUUCAUUAGCACACCAAACUCCCAAGCACCAUAGUUGUGCUGUCCAUCAGUGGGCGUAUGUUGUGUGUAUAGCUAAUGCCACCCUAAAACAGAAUAGUUAUAGAUACUGUAGAUGUUAGGAUAAUUCUGUAGACUUGUGGAAUUUACACAUUAUUGUCAAGUAAUGUUGAACAAUCUUGGCAGGCAAUAUAUAACAAUUUCUGCCCUGGUCAUAGCAAAUGAUUAAUGCCAACCAGAGAUUAACAAAGCAGUUUCAGAAUGCAAAUAACCCUAAUCCUAUCGCAGGUUUUCUUUGUAUUUUGUCAAGUCUGAAACCUGAUUGUGUUUUACAAAAUAUUCCUGUGCUGGGUGUGAAAUUGGUUUCCUUCAUCCUGAAAAUCCAGCUGUUCAGAUGCAUUGUAUUAUAUUAUUCUGCGAAUCAAAGUACUGCAUUGUUCCUCGGUUUAGAAAAUGAAAUGGUGAGUUGCUUAUGGUACUUUGAAUUAUGACAUAAAUAAACACAGGUCAGUUAAUUUUAUUGGCUUUAGUUGUUGACUUGUAUAGUUUAUUUCCAAAUUUAAAAUGUUGAACUGAUGGGAGACAGUUGCUGCAGUCAAAAAGGGCAUAUUAAUAUUGUGGACUGUUUAUUUAUGCUGAAUGUGAAAAAUGUAGAGCAUCAGUUCUCUCAUUUCUGCCUAAUGUUCUGGAACUUAGUUAGGAUGUAGCCUGAAUGUUUACAGAUUUUGGAAGUGAAUUGUAAAUAAAUACAGCAGCUUUUAUUUCCUUUGUCUUCCACAGCAGUAUUAUUGUCUUUGCGGAGUUACAGUUGCCGAUCAAAAAUAUUUAAAAUCAUCUUAGAAUUAUCACAACACUGCAAUGUAACAUUGAUGAAUAGUAGAAUAAAUUAUUGGAACCGAA